AUUGAGGCCGCCCGUUCCCGGUCUCGGUCCAUCAUCGAUCACACGGUCCAGGUUUCAUCCAUCCAGUUCACGAAUCUUACGGUCCACACUCUUCGGCGAUCUCACCCCGAACCGGGCGGCUUCUUUCCGGCCCUCCAUCUACGAUAAAUGCAAACGGUCCUUGCAGCUGCCGCCCAUCUUCUCCUGGCGGAGGUCGGUGGGCGGCGGAAGCGAGCGAUCGAGAGAGAUACCGAGACCCAACCAGUUGAUCUUACGAAAGAUGCUGGGUUUGGUUGUCACUCAUGAGGUAUAUUCCUAUACUUCAACAAUGACCUGAAUGACUGGUUGCCAAGUACCACCCUUGCAUUUUGAAUGGCGGAUUGUGCUUCUAUACCAUCUUGUGCCCGUGCACAAUUGCAAAGUAUUAUUUCCAGAAACAACCAUUUUGUUGCCAGCCAAAGAAAUGCAUAUGCCGGAAUGUUACAAAGGGACUGUAUCAAGAAAGGACAUCUUUUUGGACAGUUCAAAUGUUCAGCAACUUGUUUAGCUAGUGCUACUUUUCGCACUGGCAUAAAUGACAUAAUUUGCAUGAAGAAGAGCUCUAUCAAAUGUCGUUGUCAGGGGAUGCUGAUGAAUCCCGAGACUAAUAUGCCAAACAAUUGGAUUCCUAUUGUCAACCAAGUUCUUUUAACAGUCAGUGUGAUCUUUGCAUACCUAGCUGGAGUAGUUCCCAGGGACAGAGCUUUUUCCAGGGUACGAGAUGGCACUACAGGCUUACAUCGUGAUGCUACAACAUCCAGUUACGGUAGAUCAACUGAGUCUACCUCAAACGAUUAUUGGCAUGAAACUUACAAAAAGCUUAUGGAUGCUUUGAGUACAAUUAAGAAUGAUAGUAAUUUCACUAGCAACGUUGCUGAAAACAAUGCUGACAGCAAAAAGCAACCCUUCAAUUUGUUUGCUAUUGAUGAAGGUCCUAGGUUGCGUUUGAUUUGGGUCACUUUGCAGCGAUUGCAAACAGAGGUCAAUGAUAUCUCAGAAAAUAGCGAAUUUGUGACUCAUGAUAUCUGGCUAAAGAUCUCAUUAGAAGUUAUAAAAGGAGCAAUGCUACCAAUAUGCAAGGAAUGGCUCGACGUAGAACUCAAUCUGGAAAUUGGAGAGUGCAACACGAUGCUUACUUCCAAAAUGCUAAAGAAAUUGAAGGGCGAUGAAAGAAUCUUACAAAAUAUCAAUAGAGUAGGCAAGUCUGAACUAUAUUCAGAUUUGUUAUUCUUUCUUAGAUUUGGUUCUCUCAGUGUUGGAUGCUGUUAUGGUACUAAACUUCUGACACAAUAUGGAGUUGACAUUUUAGAAGAUCUGGUGGUUAUGUUGGCAGAUACAAUAGCAAGCAUAUAUUUGGAGCUUAUCUCUAUUGACAGUGACAUUUCUACAGAGAUGAGUGGCUUGGGCUUAACAUUAUGUUCAAUGUCCACUAGAACACUUCAAAAACUAAGGAAUGAGGUUGUACUUAAGCACUGGCUUCAGGAGAACUUCGAGUCUGUUAUCUCAAUGUAUGAAGACCGUUUUGAGUUACAUGUCCUUCACAGAGAGCUGCUUGAUAACCCAGUAGAAAAUCAAAAUGUGAAUCUUCAUUGGUGGAAGAAGCUUCCGUUCAGAAAGUCAGCGACUGCAUCCCCCAUGCCAUAUGUUUGUAUCAGCCGAUUUUCCUUGCCUGUGAAACGAACAAAGGAACUAAGGGCCUUAACCGGAUGGAGGUACUACUUCAGCCUGUAUCUGGAGUUUUCCGAUAUCAGCAUGCCAUUGGUUAGAUCUGCUUUCACCAAGGUUAGAAAUGCUGUAUCAUUUCUGCUUGUCUGUAUGAUUGGGAGGUCCGUUGGUCUUAUUUUCACUGGGAUAAGACAGUCAUUAGGCUGGAGGUAAGUGAUUGUUUCUGUUGUCUUUCUCUUUGACCCUUGUUUUGAGAUCAGAUUUCCUAAUGUCUAGAUCAUGACACUUGAGAAGCUAAGCCUUCUAUCUCGUGAAACUGAAUUACAAACACAAGAAAUUUUUUUGAGCAAUAAUUUCUCGAAGGUAAGAGUUGUUCAACACUUUUGUUACCGUUUCCUUUUGUGUAGCUUGUAGUGUAGAAUUCCAAUUUCCAAGCCACCAAAUCUUCUGAUAAACCUAGCACACAAUGCGCUGCAAUAUUCUCUCCUUUUCAUGAGACCUGCAAAUUAUUCCGUUGUAUCCGUAAAUCUCGACUUCCGAGUUUAGUCUUCUAUCUAGGGUACUACAAUUGAUUUAGUUUGAGGACGAGCACGUUCUUUGUUAUUUUUCACCUCCCAGAGUGACAUGAGGAUGAACUAAUUUCUAGUUUUCAUUUGCAAAAGCUGAUAGCAUUAUGUGAAAGUAGAUUUAUGCUUCCUGGGUUUUGUAAUCAGUGAGUAAGAUGUGUGUAGUGCAGUACGAGCUGCAUUAUGAACACACACAGCUUAAAGAUGGGGUCUAUUCUUUUUUUCCGGAACAAAUCCGCUUUAGUUAGAAUCUGCGUGGCAUGAAAUUUCAUCCACUGCGGUAUCAUAUGCUGUGCUGAUGCACGUUCGAGAAGGUCCAAGAUCUUCUCAAAGAAUUGUAAUCUCAGCGGUCGCCCUCACCGCCUGCCAUCUUGAAGGAGGAAUCGAUCAGACGGUAUUGUUGUCUACUCAGCUCGGUUGGCUCGAUUUGAUGCAGGUGUACCUAUUCAUUAGUAAUGAAUGAACUCUCCUUAAAAGCAUGCAUUUGCUCUACCAAAAAAAAAGUAUCAAGUCAGCUGGAAACGACGGUGUCUUUUCUCUUCUCUCUCUGAAAAGUGCGUUUUCUACUUUGACCAUUGUCUCGAGCUUUUACAGGACCUACAAAUAAUAGGUGUUGAAGUUUCUUCUAAGAUUCCAUGACAGGAGCGUCCCGCUGGGAAGUGAAGCUUCAGCUUCAGUACUCUAAUUGUCUUGCGAAUGCCGCAAGAAUAAGAUGUAAGCUACUUUUGUCUCGAGGGUGAAAGGUUUGCUGCUGGCAGAUUUAAGGGUAAUUUUAUGGGUGAAAGGUUUCAUUAUUUUUUGUUUCA